CAAGAAUAGAGUAGCAAACCGUGCCCUCAAUUCCUCUUGCGCGAGAAAUCGCACGUAAUGGAUUGCAUCGGCUUGGCUCCAUGAAAGCUUCGGGUUGCCCUCAGCGGUACACCGGAGUCGGCGGGGCUCCAGACUCACCUCAACACGCGCCCUGAGAACGCGCUGAGAUAACGCGAGAGCCACGGUUCCCAGCAUGCCCUGCGCCCUCGGUCCGGAGGCGGCCUCUUCCGGUCCGCAGGCUUCGCAAACCGAAAGGACUGUGCCUGGGACACCCGGCCGAGAUUGAUUCACCUUCACCUGUGCAGAGCGCCAGCUGACCCCAGGAGGAAGCCCGGCGAGCAGCAGAACAUGAACGGAAGAGUGGAUUAUUUGGUCACUGAGGAAGAGAUCAGUCUUACGAGAGGACCCUCAGAAAAGGAAGCUGAGGAUCAAAGAUAAACUGACUCACAUGUCUGGGCUGGGCUUCAACAUCGUCGGUGGGACAGAUCAGCAGCAUGUCUCCAAUGACAGUGGCAUCUACGUCAGCCGCAUCAAAGAGAAUGGGGCUGCGGCCCUGGAUGGGCGGCUCCAGGAGGGUGAUAAGAUCCUCUCGGUAAAUGGUCAAGACCUAAAGAACCUGCUGCACCAGGAUGCGGUAGACCUCUUUCGUAAUGCAGGCUAUGCUGUGUCACUGAGAGUACAGCAUAGGUUACAGGUGCCGAAUGGACCUAUAGCACAUCGAGGUGAAGGGGAGCCAAGCGGUAUUCCCAUAGCUAUGGUGCUGCUGCCAGUGUUUGCCCUCACCAUGGUUGCAGCCUGGGCCUUCAUGAGAUACCGGCAACACCUUUGAAAGGCUUGCUGUCUUCUAGUGCUCCCAGUGAACUUAUCUCUCCUUCCCUGUUGUUGUCCUGUAUCUUUCCCUCUCUCUGCAUAGUCAACACAUGAUUUAAAGUGACUGAUUCCCACCCAGAACGUUGCUAUUCAAAAUCUCCAAGCCUUCAUAUUCUAAUGGGAGAGUAAAGGUGUUACUUGAAGGAAAGCUGAAGAAAAGACUUGCUUAGAACAAAUGAGGAGUUACAUAUUUUACUAAGACUGCCAAUAGAAAUUCAGCUACCACCCAAAGAGGGAACUGUCUAGUCUUCCUGUCACCAUGGGUGACACCUUUUACUUAGCUGGCAUGCCUUGAAGGCCAGCUAUAUGACAUGAGAGGAAGAGAGGAUUUUUCUUCUUUUAAUGAUCUUCCUUGGGAAGUACUUGUGGCCUUUAUGUAAAUUUCUGAAUACAUUCUUGGUGCCUAUAUUGGACACAGGAGACUAUGAAGAGCUUUUUACUUUUUUUAAAAAGCAUAUAUAUAUAUAUACAUAUAUAUAUAUAUACACACAUAUGCACAUAUAUAGUACACAUACAUUAGCAUAUAUGACAGUAUAAUAUUGAUGCCUUAUGGAAAAUUAAAGAGGUGAGAAAGCUACUCUGUGGUUUCUAGGUUUCUGAUUUAAAAGCUAAUCUUAAUUAAAGAACUUAAAAAGCUAUUUUCAGAACAUAUGUAAUGGGAAAGAGGAAGGUGAGCUUUCAAAGGGGAUGCCUAAUCAAAGUCACUUAUACCUCACAGUAGUGUUAAAGGAUCAUUGGGGAUGAUUGUGGUCAGGGGUCUUGUCAGUGAGACCAAACCAACCCAUCAAGACAACUCUGAAAGGAAAAAAGGUGGUGUCUUCAAGGAGGCAUCUGAACCCUCUCAAGCAAUCUUCCAAUCUUUUUGGUUUCUAGCAACAGGCAAAACCUGAGAAAAGAACUGCCUCCUGGGUAGGAUAGGCAUGAAAUCAACUCUGUUUCUGAUUUAGUGAAUAUAAGAAGACCUGAAUUACUAGCUCUUUGUAAGGCUCCCAACACUGAAUUUGGCUUUUCAUACUUUAAAAUAAACCAUUUUUCAGAGACUAGGAGGAAAUUAGUUUUGUUUGUUUUAGGGCUAGGGAAAUUUGGUGGAUGUUUACUGGGGGAAACCUGAAAAGAAUAUGGAUGAAUGGAUGCUAGGGAAUACUGGGGAUAUUGGUGAGGUGGGACCCAUUCUGUUUAAGUGUUGGUUUUAAAGCACUGAGGAUAAGUGAACCAAGUCUUAUUUUCUAGCUUUGAGAAAGUAUUUCCAUUCUCCAAAUAUACCAGCCAGACCGUAGACUUUAUAUCAUUGUGACAUAAGCCGAUGAGGAAUUUUCCUCAGGCAAUCAGUUGUAUCCAGUUUUUAGCAUGGACAGAUUAUCAGUUACUUAACAAACAUGAUUGGACAUAAGCUUUGUUGAUAUGCUUUUAUGAAGAAGUGAAAUAUAUAACUUUCAUCCUCAAGGGUUUUUGGUUCCAGUUUGGGACAGAAUGUUUUAAAUGGAAUUAGUCACAUAAACAGGGGAGUGUAAAUUGGUGUCAAGUUUAUAUUGCAGGAAGCAAAAGAAAAAAGUUACUGAGAAUUGGAGCACUUGAGAAAAGAAGGGCACAUGUUAAGGACUCUUAAAUAAGAAUUCACCGUCUAGUUAAGAGAAUUCAUAAAUAGAUGAAAAGUUUAUUGUCAGAUCCAGUAAUAAUUGAAAAUAGUGAUAAAAAGAAAUAGGACCAUGGAUAACAUGAAGCAGCAACAAAGAUCUGCAAGUGGUCAUCAGUUUUAUUUUCUAGAGUGUUCAGAAACAGAAAGCUGUCUUUUAAUGGCAUCAGAGUAGAAUGGAAAGGGAAGGCCUUUUAAAAAUAAAAAGUUCCAGUAAGACCUUGCCUCUGGGUCAACUAUUGACAUAGGGAGAAACUUGCUUUAAACAAUCCUAACAUAACUUAUGCCUUCCAACCUGAACUAUUCAGUACUUUUUGAGACUCAUUUAGAUAACUAGACUCAUUAGUUCCAUAGGUUCCAUAGACAAACACCAACAGUAUCCAGUUCUCAUUUUAACCAGCCCACCAUGGAGGCCCAACUUCUGGUGCUUUCCCUAUAUCUGAUGGCAUGGCAUGUGCAACUACUGUGGCCUACUUACCUCCCAGGAUUCACCUCAGGGUUUGGACAUUAAUUCUUGGAAAACCUUGGGACAGACAAAGUGAAGCAAACGGCAAGCAGAAAAGAAAGAUACGUGAUUUUUUAUUUGUUAGUACAUGUAAAUAAAAAACCAUCUACCCCAUCAUUGGUAGUUUUGCUUUGUGAUAAUAGGGAUUCUGACGCAUUUAAAUGUUACAAGUUUUCUUGGAAAUUUAAUAGCAUUUAAAGACCAAAAUAUUAAAGUUCAAUGUAAGUAUUGCUAUUUAUGAUGGUCUUCUAAUUCUAUGGAAAACAAAUUAUUAUGAAUAUCAGAAUCCAUUACAUGUUGUAAAAAAUUUUUGUAUUCUUUACAGAUUGAACCUAAUAUUCUGAGUGCUUAAUAGACUGUUUUAAUGUUCCUACCACAUAAAUUAUAAUGAAAGUUUUGAAAACUGGAUGCAGGUAUUUUUAAGGCCCUAUACUUAAAACAUUUCUCAUACUUGUCAUUAUACAUGUGAUUUUAAUAAGAUGGUCUACUUCAGUCGUGUCUUAUUUCCUUUUCUUGUGAAGCAUUAAUGUCUGUGCAAAUGUUUUAAUGUAAUCAGUUGGUCCAUCUAGCUAUGUAUAAUGGAAAAAGGAAGCUAAUAUUUGUUUUCUGCAUCCUAUGCCAGGAACUACACCAUACGCUGAUUAGUACACUAUGCCUCACAACUCUGAGAUCUCUAAGUAUUGCUAUAAAUAAACUACAGAUUAGAGAGUAUUUUCCUAAGAUUAUAGAGGUGGUAAUAACAGAAUCAGGAUUUAAACUUGGGACUUCAGGUGCCAGCAUCAGUGAUAUUUCCUCACUACUAAUGGUUUUCAUACGGAGGUCUCUGGACCAAAACAUUAUCACUACUGAGAAACUUGUUAGAAAAGCAAUUCCUGGGCUUUAUCCUAGAUGUACUAGUGAGAGACUCUGAAUGUGGCAACCAGCAGUCUGUUUUAAUAAUCCCUCCAGGGGACUGAUUCAUGCUUAAGUUUGAGAGUUAUCACUCUGUUAGUAGUUUUCCUUUUUUCUUAGGUUAGAAUCACCUGGAGAGGUAGUAAAAGUGAUUAUGACCAGGCUACACCUCAAAGCAACAUCUAGAUAGUAAUAUCCAGGACGGGGACUCAGGCAGCAGUAAACAGAUUUUAUCAGGCAAUUACAGUUACAACCUAAGUUGACAGUGUUCUUUGGCAAUUAGAUUUAGACACUAUUUAAACUACUAAAUUACUAACAGACUUCAGCCAAAACCAGUAACUUCCCUUGGGUCAUUUCAGAGCCCAGAUCUCUGAGCUUCUGCCCCUGAUAUAGAUGUGGAUUAAGUGGAACAUUCUUUCACUCCUAAUGUGUUAAUGAGAAACCAUUCCACCUCCAGCAAAAUGUAUGAUUAGUGAGUGUUUCAGUUCAUGCAUCCAUUAAGAACCAAAUUAGAGAAUAUUGAAGUUAAAAGGAAGCAGAAGAAUUAUGGGAUGAAUUUGCCAUAGAGAUGAGGAACUCAGUGUUUAGAGAGGUAAGGUAACUUAGCUUGGUCAGACUUAAAAAAUUUGUUGCAGAGGUACCUUUUUUGUCUCAUAUCUUUGUUUUGAAUGUGUCACCUGUAUGCAUAUAUACAAAACUCCUUUUUAAUUUCAGUCCAUGUCCAUCUUUUCUCUUUUUGAACUUUGAAUGAAGACCAGAAGAAUUGAUAAGAUAGCUGCAUGGUAUUAACAAGCAUCAUGAUUGGAAUGGGAGAUUUCAUUGAACAAUCUGAGAGAAUUAAUAUUCAAUCAGAUGUGUUCUAAUAGUUCAAGAGACAUUUGGUUUUUGGAGAUGGACAUUGCUUUUAAAUUUAAGAAUGUAUUUAAAGAAAUAAUACAAGGAACUAUAGGCUGUCAAAAAUGUGGAGAAAUAGAGUUCCUAUAAGUUUAUGUAGAGUCAGUAAAGAUUUUAUUUGACCCAUUUUCUGUGGAAAUUUCUCUUUGGACAGAUGAGGAUUUUUUCCUUCAUUCGGCAAAUAACUAAUGAGUGCCAACUCUGUGUUAGGUGCUGAAGAUACAAAGAUAAAAUAUUACAUUCUAAGUUGAAACAGUUCAGCAUCUGAAAGUGGAGAUGUUGAUGUUCUAUUUUUCUAACAUAACCUAGAAGUCAACAAUUGAAUUUUGAAGCUCUCUACCUCUUUUCCUACAAUAGGUUUAGGGUUAGCUGCUAUCCCAAGGCACACCCUUUUUGCUGUUCCUCUUUUAACUGCAAAGCUUUUUUGAGACCAGCACUUUUAUCCAAAAGGGCAGUUAGGAUCAAAGGGAAGACAGUAUUUUAAGGAAUUUGUUCUGGUUGGAACCAGAUUCUUGAUUGCCAUAUUCUCUUGUAGUGUUGAUAUUUACAUAUAGAAUACAAAGCUUGUGAUCUUUUUAACUUGCUGCACUUGAUAGCAUUAAAUUAUUAAGUUAUUAAAAAGCAUUAUUGCUGCUAAGGAAUCAAGCAAACAUUAAUGCCUGUUAGUAAAAGUUUUCCUCACUGUUAAUGUUCGCUUUAUUUUUCCAGGAAAAAUAGGGAAGGGAAAAGGCUGAAGUAGAUUUUCAAAUGCAAUGUAAUUUAUUAACCAGCAAAGUCAUUUACAAAAUAAUUUUGUAAAUUUAUUGACAAAUCACAGGAAAAUGGACUGAUCCUUCUUCCUUGUUUGCACAUUUUCAAAUGAAGACUCAGAAUUGAAUCCCAUUUUUAAUGCUAUAUCUGUAAUGCUGCUUUGUUUCUUAUUACUGGUUACAUGUGAAUUUUACCUUCUGGCCAUAUUAGUUCUUAUAAGAUUUUCCUCAUGAGCUUUGUUUUGUUUUGUUCUUUCUUCUUUGAUUGUCAUGUCACAUUGCAUUUCUGGAUGUAAAUAGAAGUUUGUUUUUCAGAUCAAGUAAAUGCCCGAUAGUCCCUUGGAAAACAUGUCAAUGUAAAACCACAUUAUCUAUAUCACUAUAGAUUAAAUAUGUUAAUGAGACUAUCAGAAUCUAUGCUAAACUCAAGCUUUGCUAUGUGAUAUCACAUACAGCAAAUGAGAUAAUACUGUGUCUGAUUGUGCCUAUUAAAUUAUGGCACUCAAUAAAAACUCAAAUUGGUCAUUGAA